AUGGGACCCACUCAAGCUUCAAUCGAAUUCCGGCAUCACCACUUUUUCCCUUCCUCUAAGCAUUGCAUCGCAUCAGCAUCAACCUCAGCUUCAGUCCUGGUCCGCCAAUUGUGCUCCAGGCUCAAGCUGGAAAUAUAAUGGAAUGACUACGGCCUUUCGCGUAUUUCAUCAUGCCCCUCGGCCAAUUCAGAUCAGCGAGUUCAAAGAUGCCGUCGACGCAGUUUGUCGUCCUCGGUUUCCAACCGCUCGCUUUGCGAGACCACAGCGUAUAGUACUGGCUAUCAGCGGAGGCGUAGACUCAAUGGCACUCGCAUUUCUCAUGACCAAAGCUGUACGCUCAUUCCGCGGCAUGAAAGUCGCGGAUAACCCAGUCCAUGGUGUUCUAGCUCUCGUUGUCGACCACAAACUACGUGACGGAAGCGAACAUGAAGCGUCAGAGGUCGCCAAAGAGUUGCGCAAACUUGACAUCAAGGCCAGUGUUUCUGCUCUUUCUUGGAAAGAAGAGAAACGCCAAGGCCUCAACCCUCGUCAACUCCCCAAUGUUGAGGGCCUCGCUCGAACUUACCGGUAUCGCGCACUAGGCCGAUACUGCAGCUAUCACGGUUCCAAUAGUCUUUUCUUUGCACACCACAGUGAUGACCAGUACGAGACAGUUCUCAUGCGGUUACUUGGAGGGCAUGGAUACCGAGGUCUGCAAGGAAUAAGGGAGGCUAAUUCGAUACCCGAAUGCUACGAUUUACACGGUGUGUACAAGAGUGGCCUUCUCGACGACCAGCUCAGAUCAGCCCCUGCACUCAGCUUCCGACCAGCUCUGAAAGAAUUGAAACAUCUACGACGCAGAAUUCGUGACGAGUUGACCCUUGAAAAGGCCAAUCUCUUGGACGAUGUUCCUCAAGAUCUCAUUCAAUCGUAUCCGGGGUCUGAAGAGGUCCGUGAACUCUCCGACGUUCCAUUCCUGAAGCCCUUGGAAGUUGAGGAUGGCGGUGUCAUGAUAUAUCGGCCUCUUAUGGAAUUUGACAAGGAUAGGCUGAUUGCUACCUGCGAAGCGAAUAAGAUUCCUUGGGUAGAAGAUGCGACUAACAAGGACCCUACAUUAACGACACGAAACGCUAUCAGACAUUUGGUUCGAAACCACACCUUACCAAAAGCCUUGCAAAAGCCUGCUAUCCUCUCUCUAGCUAAGAGAUCAAAAGAGAGAACCGAGCUUGAAGAAGCAGAAGCUAGCCGCUAUCUUAUUCGGGAGGCCGUUAUCAAAGACUUCGAUCCAAAUGUGGGGACUUUGCUGAUAGAGUUUCCAAAGCUACGCAACUUCAACAAACGAUUCAAAAGACGCUCUUUACAUCCUGACAACGAACUACGCAAGGACCAUCGGAGACUUGUCAUGACCAUCGCAGUCCGCAAGCUUAUUGAUUUUGUCACUCCUGAGUACCACCUCCCACCCCUUUCAAAUCUCGAAAAAGCUGUCAAUACUCUCGUCCCUGGCAUGACUCCCGACGCCAAUACGACGCCCAAAGCAUUCACCGCCGCUGGUGUGUAUUUCGAUCCGAUCGUCAGAGGAACAUCCAUCAAAUGGCUACUCUCCAGAGCCCCCUAUACAUCUACCCAACCUCUUCCGAUUGCAAAGCUGUAUUUGCCUCCCUCAUACCUGUCACCCCCCCUAAACACAGAGGAGGAGUUCACGGAAGCCCCGAAGGCAUUCAGUCACAAGGGAUGGGCGAGAUGCAAGCUGUUCGAUGGUCGUUUCUGGAUACGAAUUGGACGUAACAGAUGGCCUAUGUGGCAGGUCCACCCCUAUCGCGCAGAGUAUGCCAAAGCAUUCCGCAAGGCGCUGCCUCCUCUACGAAAGGCUCGACUGGAGAAGUUGCUCAAGCACUACGCGCCAGGAAAGAUUCGAUACACACUUCCCGCUAUCUACGGUGUCGAACGUAAGCGGGAUCCGUAUUCUCAGCAUAUCAGUACGACACUGACACUUCUUGCGCUGCCGACUCUGGGAAUCCGUGUGCCUGGCCUGGAGCGGUGGGUCAAGUACGAUGUAAGAUAUAAAAAGGUUGAUGUCUCACUACUGGGACAUCACCCUCGGGGGGAGAUCAGGGGCCGCUUCGUCAGGCAUCGACCGUUGUUUGAAACGGGGCGCAAACAUGUUCACAAUUCGAGACAAGAAAUUCCCGAAGGAAGGGCCCGAAGGCCGAGAGUGAUUCAUUGCUUUAGACUACUUUAGACCAUUUUCAUCCGAUGUUCAUUUUUUCGACCUUUUGCUCCAGUUUCUUAUUGUCCUUCUUCGUUUUCUUUUUCUUUUUUGUUUUUUUGAUAACCCUCUGGUUGCUGACCCCCCCCCCCCCCUAAAAUCAUCAAAAGUUAGUCAAAGUCUAGACUUGAUGAACUUGGUGAAAACUUACCACCCGGACGAUGGUGCCCGGGGGAGCCACGGAGGAGCCGCCGGCGACAAUCAUGAUGUUGUGGGCUAUUGAGAGUUAGUAAUUGCAUAAUAUUGCAUAAGAGCAUAAAUUGGAUAACGACUUACAGAGAGUGAGGCACGCGUCAGCGGUAUGGUUGGCUUUUCGACAAACAGAACAAAACAGACGUCGAGGCUUGGGAGGGGGGAGGGGCCUCGCCCACCCCCACUGGUUGGUUCCCCCCUUUUAUCGGGCGGAUCCUAUAUAGUGUGUUAGUACUCUUGGAUGAAGGGCGUCGUGGAUGUGUCGUGGAGAUGUCAUGGGGAUAUGGUGAAGAUGUCGUGGAUAAGAGGGAGGGUCUGGCUGUGUACGUACGGUUGCGGGUUCAGACUAUAUAAAGAAGAGUCAGUGUAUAUACUGGCAAGAUAAGUAUGGUAGAAACUUAUAGCCAUAUUAUAUAAAAAAAAUUUAAAAAAAAGAGUCUUUAUAUAUUAUAUAUUAUUAUAUUUAUAUAUCAGUAAAUCAGAAUAGAAAAGAGAUAAACAAAAUAGCUCUAAAUAAAGAGUAAA